AUGUUUGGAUUGCCGUUAUCGCCCAUGUCGGCUGGAUUCGGCCUCUAUUGUCUGUUUGCUCGUUCUACUCUCGCUAGUUCUGUGUUGGACAGGAUGAGAAGCUCUUCGUUGCGGUUGCUCCAUCGAGAUCUAGUGUUCAUGCACCUGAAACAUACACAGGAAAAACGAGAGAAAACAAACAGGGAUCGAUCGAGCUGGCUUGCUCUGCAUGGGAUCGAUCGAGCUUGUACAGGAGGUGGUGGACCGAUCGAGCUAGUACGUGAAGGUGCGGUCGAUCGACUCAGCUCGUCUCGUAAGGGGUCGAUCGAGCUGGUCAUAGAGUUUGGGGUCGAUCGAACUGCGUAG